GUUCAACUCUGAAUGACAUCCUGACACCAUCUGCUGGUGACAUAAUGACAUGGCAGCAUUUCCUGAUAAUAAUUCACCCUGUGACAGAGGUGAGUGUAAAUGAAAGUAGAUUUUGACAUUGUUGAGCAGAGCUGAGACGCCAUCACAGGGUGUGAGAUCUCUGCUGGAAAACACACAUUUGGAUUAUUUGAAGCAAUCAAGAGACGGGACAGUAACUCGGUGAGUCUUGCUUUUGAAAGACAAUUUAGAUACCAAGACAAAUGGCUGAGAAAAUUGCUCUUUUUGAACGUUUCCUGAACUGCCAUGUGUGUUCAGAGACUUUCAGAGAUCCUGUGUCUCUGAGCUGCAACCACAGCUUCUGUUCAAGCUGCCUGAAGAAAUUCUGGGAACAAGCUGAAAACAAAAACUGUCCCAUUUGUAAAACAAAGUCCUCAACGGAUGACCCAGCAGUGAACUUUGCACUGAAGGAACUGUCUGAUUCGUUUGCUGAGAGACAGAAAACUGGAUCAUCUGAAACAGAAAAAGAAGAGAAGAAGGUGGAGGUGGUGUGUAGUAAACAUCCAGAAGAGCCUAAACUGUUCUGUGAGGAUGAAGAGAGAGCUGUGUGUCCUGUCUGUGACUUUUCUCUCCACCAGAGUCACAAGGUGGUUCCUGUAGAACAAGCAGUCAGUGACCUGAAGGACCAGCUGAAAUCUGACUUAAAGUCUCUACAGGACAAGAGGGACAAACACAAACAAGUGGAGAAAACAUACAAUGAAGUGAUUCAACACUCCAAGAAGCAGCUGUUGUCCACAGAGAGGCAGAUCAGAGCAGAGUUCAACAAGCUCCACCAGUUCCUGAAAGAGGAAGAGGAGUCCAGACUGGCAGCUCUGAGGGAGGAAGAGGAGCAGAAGGGGAAGACUAUCAGCAGAGAGAUGAAGAUGAUUCAGGUGCACAUCUCCUCUCUGUCAGACAGUAUCUCUGCUGUUGAAGAAGACCUGCAGAAACACAACGUGCCCUUCCUCAGCAGUUAUGAAGCCACUCAGACCAGAGCCAGAGUCCAGUGCUCACUGUCAGAUCCACAGCUGGUCUCAGGAGCGCUGAUAGAUGUGGCCAAACACCUGGGCAACCUGUCCUUCAGAGUCUGGGGGAAGAUGAAGGACAAGGUCCACUUCAGUCCUGUCAUUCUGGACCCAAACACUGCAAACCCCAUUCUCUAUCUGUCUGAUGAUCUGACCAGUGUGAGAUGUGGAGACACAAGGCAGCAGCUUCCUGACAAUCCAGAGAGACUCACUAAGUAUCUCACUGUUCUGGGCUCUGAGGGCUUCAGCUCAGGGAAACACAGCUGGGAGGUGGAGGUGGGAGACCAUCCUGUCUGGUUUUUAGGUUUGGCUAAAGAGUCAGCUGACAGGAAGGAGAACGCAGGAGUUUCACCAGAAGAUGGAAUCUGGUGUUUAGUUCAUGACAGUGGAAAAUACACUAAUGAUCUUGGUGAGACAGUCGGAGUGAAGAAGAGUCUCCAGAGGAUCAGAGUCCAGCUGGACUAUGACAGGGGGGAGGUGUCCUUCUACGACCCUGAAGACAUCACUCACAUCUACACUUACAGAGACACUUUCACUGAGAAACUCUUCCCAUGGUUCUUUAUUGGACUGGCUGGUGAUGCUAAAACUGCUGAUAUCAAAAUCUGUCAAACUGAGAUUCUCUGUGAUGUUCAGAUACGUUGGUGUUAGUUCAGACAGAAACUGUUUCUCUGUCCUGUCUCUACUGUCCCAAAUGAAUUAUGCAAAACUGUUUUCAUCUUCCUUUAUUGUUUAAUGUAACCCAUUUUAAAAAUAUGAACACAGAAGUAAUUUCUUAUAUCUGAAAUUCAUUUUUCGGAAAUACCAUGAGAAAUUAAGAAUUUGUUGUUUAGCAAAAAUGUGUUGAAGACGGUAACUAAGAUUAAUCCACAAGAAAAUGUGGAUACAAAAACUGUAUCACAUCAUCAGGAGACAAACUUUAUAGAUUAAAGAUGUUAAUUAUUCUGGUUAUCAGCAUCUUGUUUUGAGUCAAACAACAUUAUAUAGUAGUUUCAAUCAUUAGUUGUAGUUUUUUAUAUUUUUUAA